GUGCUCUGCACACGGCCCCGCCCGCCCCAAUGGAGACCUCUGCGAACACUUGGCAUGGGUUCCUGGACUCGGAUGGAGAGGAGACCCUUCCGCACAACCGACCUCCUCCACCCGGAGAUCAGAACACGCACUGGAGGAAUAAGAUGGGGUUUUGGAUCCUUGGUCUGUGCAAUAACUUCUCCUACGUCGUGAUGCUCAGUGCUGCGCACGAUAUCCUCAGCCAGCAGCGGGCCUCCCGGAAUCACAGUCACGUGGAGCCAGUGGCCCCUACCCCCCACUACAAUGGCUCAUCCCGUUUUGACUGCAACCCGGUGUCUACAGCCGCAGUGCUUCUGGCUGACAUUCUUCCCACCCUCUUCAUCAAGCUGUUUGCGCCUCUCGGCCUUCACCUGACGCCCUACAGUCCCCGGAUUCUCCUGUGUGGGGCCUGUGCUGCCGGCAGCUUCCUCCUCGUGGCCUUUUCCCAGGGAGUCGGGACGAGUCUUAGCGGUGUCGUCUUGGCCAGCAUCUCCUCAGGUCUGGGAGAGAUCACCUAUCUUGCACUGACGGCCUUUUAUCCCAGGUCCGUGGUCUCCUGGUGGUCUUCGGGCACCGGAGGGGCAGGGUUGCUGGGAGCCCUGUCGUACCUGGGGCUGACUCAGUCCGGGCUCUCUCCCCGCCAGACACUGCUCUCCAUGCUCGGCCUCCCCAUCGUCAUGCUGGCUACUUAUUUCCUGCUGCUAAUGAGCCCUCGAGGGGAGGGAGAGCCUGAAGCCUCAGCCCGCCAACCCCUCCUGGACGGCCAGGACCAAGAGCCCAGCUUCAACUCCAGCCCCACCCUUUCUUUCAAGGACAGGUGGAGUGUCUUCAAGGGUCUGCUGCGCUACCUGAUCCCCCUGGCUGUUGUUUAUUUUGCUGAGUAUUUCAUCAACCAGGGACUGUUCGAGCUGCUCUUCUUCCGAAAUUCAUCCCUGAGCCACGCCCAGCAGUACCGCUGGUAUCAGAUGCUCUACCAGGCUGGAGUCUUCGCCUCCCGCUCCUCCCUCCGCUGCUGCCGCAUCCGCUACAUCUGGGCUCUGGCUGUGUUGCAGUGCCUGAAUAUGGGAUUCCUGCUGUUGGCCGUCUGGUUUGGUUUUCUUCCCAGCAUCUACCUCGUCUUCCUGCUCAUUCUGUAUGAAGGUCUCCUGGGGGGCGCGGCCUACGUGAAUACCUUCCAUCAUAUUGCCCUGGAGAGCCAGGAUGAGCAUCGCGAGUUUGCCAUGGCGACAGCCUGCAUCGCGGACACCCUGGGCAUCUCCCUGUCGGGGGCCCUCGCCCUGCCGCUGCACGACUUCCUUUGCCGGCUACCCUGAGCGGGACCCCCGGGGGCACGUCAACUGGAGGAUGUGCGAUAUCUGCAUCUCACGAUAACCAGUUGCCCGGCACCCAAGGGACCACAGUGAACUGGGGCCCUGUCGACCCUGUGGACUUUACCUCGACGGCAGGUGCCCGGAGGGACAAGUUGGGGGCGGGCAAGAAGUUGUCAAACGAUUCCCACCCUCCCCUCAAGCUGGGCUUGGGGAAGGACACACUACCCAUGGUCUCCUGCUAAGGAGUGAUUUUCAUCACUUAUUUCCCUUCCUGUUUUGUUUUGGGGUUUUUUCGGUGGCGGUCAGGAGCCCGCGGGGUCAGGGGGAAGAGGCGGAGAUUAUAUCGGAGAGGGAGAGAGGCGGAGGGGUGAGAUAACGGAGCGGGGACAGACCAAGAUGCCAAGUCACCAAGCGGGCGUGUUGUAGAGUCCAGAGGGCAGGAGGUGACUCGGAGUGGCGGGAAGACAA